AUGUCUGUCAAGGAUUCAAAGGAGAAAGAGGCCAAGACAGAAGGACAAUCGCCGAAAAAAACGGAACCCGUGCCCAAAUCACCCAAACCAAAGUCCUCAAGCAAACUCAAAUCGCCCAGUAAGAAUGAAAAACAACAAACCCCAUCUAUUGAACAGUAUAACGAGUUGAAGAACCAGCUUACCCAGCAGAUCUUGAAGAAACAGGAGUUGGAUUCCCAGUUGGGCACCUUGGAGUCCACAAUAUACGAUAAGGAAACCGAAUACUUUAAUGAAAGUAUCUAUGGUAAUAUCGUGAGAGGAUUUGAAAAUUUUUCAAAGAAUUCAGGUGGUGGGAGUGCUGGUUCAAUGGGUUCAAAUAAAAGAAGGUUGGCGUAUACUGAUGAUGAUCAUAUCUUCAGUUUAAGUUCAAUUAAUUUCGUUAAAACUUUGAUGAAAAGACAAGGAUUAAGUAUAAAUGAUUCUUAUCAAUAUACCGAUUCUCCAUCUUCCAAUUCAAAUAAUCCUACUAAAGAUGAUUUUGACGAUUAUGAGGACUCGGUUGAUCCAAACAUUGGUAAAGACCCUAAAUCAAAUGGGGUUUCGACUGAGUCUCCAGCCACUACACCAGGAACUCCAACUUCUUCGGGAAUUCCCCCAAGAAAAAGAAAAGCAAGAGCUUUAGAUGAUUAA